CUCGACAUCCUCCCCACCACCCACCACCCUUACACACCGCCGCCGCCAUGUCGCAAAUCCACGCUCUCUCCGACGACCAGGUCGCCGGCGAGCUCAAGAAGAUGACGGCCUUUAUCCGCCAGGAAGCAAUGGAAAAGGCAAACGAGAUCCGCCUCAAGGCCGACGAGGAGUUCGCAAUCGAAAAGUCCAAGCUCGUGCGCCAAGAGACGGCCUCGAUCGACUCGUCCUACGAGAAGAAGUUCAAGCAGGCCGCCAUGUCGCAGCAAAUCACCCGCUCCACCGUCUCCAACAAGACGCGCUUACGCAUCCUGUCCGCCCGCCAGGAGCUGCUCGACCGCCUGUUCGAAGACGCCCAGAAGAAGCUCGGCGAUGCGAGCAAGGAUAAGGACCAGUACCAGACUGUCUUGAAGAACUUUAUCCUCGAGGGCGCCUAUGCCAUGAACGAGGACAAGCUGCAGCUCAAGGUGAGGGAGGCGGAUAAGGACGUUGCCACGAAAGCUCUCGAGGACGCCCAGUCCGAGUACAAGAGCAAGCUUAGCAAGGACGUCUCCAUCACCAUUGACGAGAGCGACCCCCUGCCCGCAGAGUCAGCUGGCGGUGUCAUGGUCGUCGGUACCGGCGGAAGAAUCGACAUCAACAACACGCUAGAAGAACGCCUGAGGCUCCUCGAGACCCAGGCCCUGCCCUCGAUGCGCGUCACACUGUUUGGCGAGAACGAGAACAGGAGGUUCCACAACUGAGAGGGUCGAGUAGAGAAAUGGCUUCAAGAACGCUAUUUUCUAGGUAGCACAGUCCACGAGCCCCGUCGUGACCUAAUCCCCCCCACGACUGUACACAAACUAGCUUAGAAGGUUCCUGGUGUGGUAGGAGCCUGUAGAAUACUGAGAACAUUUAGCGUCUUUUCACCGUUUUCUUCUUUUGUGCACUUCAUCAUGCUGUACUUUCACUUGCCAUGAAUCGUG